UUUGGAAGUAAUAUUGCGGUGUUGCUGCUGGAGAUUAGGACGAGGGUUGAAUAUUUAUGAGCUAUCUGGGGGGGGGGACGCACACUCUGUGUGUGUGUGUUUACUUGGCUUUGUUCCUCCCCAUUUCCAUCAAACUUGAAACAUUUCCCCCCUUCUCCCUCUUCUCUCACUUCUUCCCGUGCUUGCUUCUUUCUUUCUUUCUUUCUUUCUUUCUUUUCUCGCUGUAGACUUUUUACUAUUUUUUUUAGCUGGCUUUCCUAGAUCCUCUCUCCCCCCUUCUUUUAGAAACUAGUUGCACAGAUGAAGCAGGAGCCACAGAAGCUGGCGGUCCGGAGCUGUCCUGUGGGGAGUGCGAAGCCCAUCCCGCUCAUCAAGGCAACCAGCAACCAGGGCAUCGCCAUCUCUGUUGUUCCGGGCAAAGCUCCGGUCACUAUGGUGACUGCCCACCUCAAUGGCCAGAAAACAGCUACCGUCUCCACAGCUUCACCGGCAAACAGUGUUGAUCCCCCGCAGUCUGCACCUAUUAACCUACAGACAACCAGCAAGCUGGUGGGAGGCAACUUAAAUAUGGCAACAAGGAGAGUCUCGGAGAUCUCUCACGCACAGACGUUGGGAACGAUCACUGCAGUGCCAAUUAAAGUCCCUCAGGUCAGCUCCUUGCACAGAUUGGCAGGGCAUGGACCGGCAGUGCUACCUCAGGUUAGGCCAAAGACUCUGAUUCCAGAAAGUCUCCCCAUUUCUCCUUGCAGAGACCCUCCAUCCAAACAAUCACCUAUAUUUCAAAAAGCCACAGUAGUUAGUAUCAAGAACCCCAGCCCAGCCCUUCCUACUGCCAACAAUACCGUGAGCCACAAGAGCUCGAAUGGCCAGUCGCAGAGCUCGGGAGACUCUACACUGUCCCCAUCUCUCAGCAGCGCUGGAGUGGCUUACGCCAUAAUAUCCACCUCACCAAGCAAUGCAAAUCCCAUCAACACCAGCACAGUGUCUAUGGUCAAUGAAGGUAUCAAAGUGCAGCCGCUCCUGAUCAGCGCCGACAGUAAGGUGAUUAUUAUCCAGCCUCAAAUUAAGAGCCAACCAGAAAGCAAAAUAGAAAGUAAGAAGCCUUCUGAAGUGGCACCUCAGGGACCGCCAGCUACCAAAAAGAAAACAGAGGAAAAUCCUGAGAAAAUUGCCUUCAUGGUAGCAUUGGGCCUCGUUACAACAGAACACUUGGAAGAACUCCAGAGCAAGCGUCACGAGCGGAAGAGAAGAAGCACAGCCAAUCCAGCCUACAGCGGACUCCUUGAACCAGAGAGGAAACGUCAUGCCUCAAAUUACUUGACUAACCCAUUCUUAUCAGGGAGAGCCAUUAUGGAUCGCUGUUGGAAGCCUGAGAUAAUGCAUGAUGAGAAUUGUUCAGCGUGUAAACGUGGCGGAGACCUGCAGCUCUGCAGUAUGUGCCCUCGAGGUUACCAUUUACAUUGCUUGGAUGCCCUAGCUAAAAUUUCACCCAAAGGAAUUUGGGUGUGUCCGAAGUGCCAGCAAAAGAAAGAUAACGUGCCAUGGACUGGGACCCUUGCUGUAGUUCAGUCGUAUGUGACACAUAAAACAGUGAAAGAAGAAGAAAAGAGAAAAUUAAAAAAGAAGGAGAGUGAAUUGAAAAAUGAACAGAGGCAACUGGUAGAACAGGAGCGACAGUUAAAUAAUGCCAUGAAGAAAUGCUUAGACCUUAAGAAUAGCUUGCUGGCCCAGCAGAAAGGGACCCAGUCAUCGCUGGAACGCCUCAAAACUCUCAUUAGACUUAUCCAGAGCGAGCAGAUGAUUCAGGUCACCAUGACAACCACCACCUCCUCCUCCUCCUCUUUGCUAACCGUCCCUUGGAUCAAACCAUCAUCUGCCGCGGCUCCUCUUCACAAAGGCCUGCAGCAAUCACAAAGCAACAACUGAAACCGACAGCCGGGCGGGACAAGAACUUUCAGCAAAUGUUGCCAAGAAGAGAAACGAAAGAACAAUCUGUCUUUUCUAACAUACACAGCGUACACAGGCCUUUGUGUACAUGCAAACUUGCAAACACAUACGUAUGGUUUGUAGGUUCCAACGGUGACUAUCUGCAAGACAGCAGCUUGCACCACACUUUAUGCCGACACCUACAGUGCUUAUCACUUUCUUCAGUUCUUUUUUUUACUUUGGCCUUAAAAUAUUUAAGAAUUUUAAAAACGAAAAAAAAAAAAUCAGCAAAAAAAAAAAAGAGGGAAAUUGAGAAGUUGAAUUCAGCUUUCCUUUCCCCCUGUGCGUAAUAUGUCAAAGCAAAAUGAGUGGAAAUAAAGUAGAUUUAGUUGGAAGGGAUUUCAGGAUCUAUUUUGGGAAAUAUGUGUAGGAGAUUAUAUAAAGUGUAAUAGUUUUUAUGAGGGAUGGGAAGUCCUACAAGUGAAUUCUGCCACAUUUAUUCAGGUGAAUUGUUUAACGGGCUGUUAAAAAAUGUUUGCCGAUUAUACUCUGAGCCUUCAAACAAAACAAGUAAUUUUUUUCAGUAUUAAUGCAGCUGGGAUUUGGCAAUCUCUGAGAACUGUUUAAACUUAGCGUUUUUGGUGGCGUAUUGAAAUAUUUUCAUGCAGACGCUUGUGUAUAUGCAUUCUGAACUGUUUCACAAAAUACGACUAGAAUCCACCUUUGUUUUUGCAGAUCCUUUUUACUUAGUUUGCUAUCGAUGUAUUUUUCUCAUGAAGUUUUUUUUUUUCAUGAAAGAUUUAGCAAAAUGACAAAGUGGGUAACUUUGGCAGGCUGGAUUACUUAGAUUUAGGUAAAAUUUACAAAAAAGGGGGGAUUUGUCUUUUUUUUUAUUAUUAUUUUUUAAAAUAUUUUUUUUUCUUGCCAGUACAGACAAUAAGCCAAAAAACUUAACUUUUUUGUAUUGCAUUUUUAUUGUAAAAUAUAUAUUGUGAAAGGAACAAUAUGCUCAUUUUAUUUUUUGCUUGCAGAUAUAUCUGCUAUAUGGUACAGGAAAAAAUACUGCCUCAAGUGGAGUUUCUCAUAUCAAAUAUAUCAAUUUUUGUUAAAUAUUUUUUUCUAUUUUUUUAAUUAUUGUAGAUGGAAUUGUUGAGUUGGGAAAGAUACAUUUGUUUUUUUAAAUGCAGCUUCUAGAGACAUUUAGCUCAAUGACAUUUAGCUCAACCUAUAUAUAUUGGCACCUACACCCUACGCUAGCUAGUCUUCCUUGUACACCAGCGGUCAACCUAGCCUAGCGCCCACAUAGGCACAGAGUUUUCUGACCUAACUUGGAUUGCAGCAGUCUGUUUAUUUUUAGUAUGAACGUACCUAAUACCAUUAUUCGAAAAUUCACAUUUAUUGCAAUAUUAACUGAAAAAUGUGGUGCAGCAUUUUUUUUUUAUUAUAUUUUAAUAGCUUUUCAGUCUACUUUUU